UGAUAAUUAUGGGCUCAGAAUCCAUUUCUCUGUUAGUUAUCUUUGCAUUUAUCGGUCCUGCUGAUUUUCAUCCAGUCAUUCAUCCAAGCAAUGGGCUUCAUGAGUGCCACAAAAACCUUAAUGUCCCAGUGCUCGAGGUUCUCCCUGGUGGAGGCUGGGACAACCUGCGCAACAUAGAUAUGGGCAGAGUGAUGAACCUAAGCUAUUCACAAUGCCAGACCACUGAGGAUGGCAUCUAUCUCAUUCCAGAUGGCAUCUUCAUACCGCUGAAGAUGAGCUCAGUGGAGAUGAACUCUGAGAUCAUCAGCUCAUGGCUUGAACAGAAAAGUUCCACUUCGAGAUCGAUCAAUGCUGAGACUUCCUUCGACGUAGUGGUGAAUGGGAAGUUUUCUAUUGAGAACAGACGCAUGAAAACCCAUCAAGUGAAGGACAAGUCAGUUACAGCUCGGGUACAGCUGCGUGACCAUCUGUACACAGUAAAGGUUUAUCCUGAUUUCACUUUGGAUGCACGUUUUGUCCAACAGGCAGAGGAAAUUGCAGAUGCCAUUGAGAACAACCAAACUCGCCAAGUUGCCUAUCUGUCAGAAAAGAUGGUGCUUGAUUAUGGUACACAUGUCAUCACAAGUGUGGAUGCUGGUGCUAUUUUGAUGGAGGAGGACUAUUUAAAAUCAUCAUAUGUUACUGAUGCACAGUCCUCUCAGUCUUCUAUUACAGCAUUAGCUGGUUUCAACUUUUUUAACAAGGCUAAAUUUGAUAUUGGCAGUAAGGAAUCAGAAGAAACAUCUGAAACUAGGGCUUACCAGAGUAGUAUUACAUACUCAUUAACACUGAGUCAUGGUGGGGCUUUGUUUUAUCCUGGCAUCACUCUACAAAAAUGGCAGGAGAGCACGUUAAACAAUCUAAUUGCUAUUGACCGUAGUGGACUACCACUACAUUUUUUUCUCAACCCAUCAACAUUCCCAGACCUCCCACUUCCAACAGUAAAUGAGUUAGCUCUGUCAGUGCGUAAGGCCAUAGAUCGUUACUACAAAGUUAACACCUAUCCUGGGUGUGUUAAUCCAGACUCCAAAAAUUUCAACUUCCAAGCCAAUGUGGAUGAUGCAUCCUGUGAAGGUCCAAGCACCAAUCUUAGAUUUGGUGGUGUUUACCAAAUAUGUAGUCUGCUGACUCCAGAUGCAGGUGCAAUCUGUCAGGAACUUGCAGUGAAAAAUCCAGCCACUGGCUUGUAUUCCUGCCAAUAUUCAUACACUGCUACACUACUGCUCUCUGAAGUGCAGGAAAGACCAUAUAAUAGUUAUGUGUGCCUUGAAGAAUGUUCUACAAACCUGAUCUUUUUCAAAAGUUGUCAAAAAAUAUGUCAAAAUGUGUAUCGUGUUCGACGAGCACAGGUUGACACUUAUUGGUGUUCCACUAAUGACCGAGUUCCAGAAUUCUCAGGAUAUCUCUUUGGUGGUCUAUUUGGCCCUUCUUUACAAAAUCCAUUAACCAAAUUCAGGUCCUGUCCUCCAAAAUUCUUUGCCUUGAAAUUUUUAUCCAGUGGCAUUAUGAUCUGUCUAAGCAAUGAUUAUGAGGCAGCAACAAGAUUCUCUGUUCCCUUUGGAGGUUUCUUUAGCUGCCAGUCUACCAAUCUGCUUGCAGGGAGUCAAUCGCGCUGCCCACCACAGUUUAGCCAACAUCUCGUUGCCAUAAGCGAUGGAUGCCAGGUACUUUACUGCAUUCAGUCAGGUAUUUUCACUGGUGGUGAGUUACCCCCCAUCCAUCUACCACCCUUCACAAGACCCCCAGUGAUCAGUAUGAUAGCCACAAACACUGUACUUGUGAUGACUGAAGGAGACCGGGCCUGGGUAAGAAUCAAAGGCACCAAGAUGUGGAAGGUGGCCAAGCCUGAGGACAUUGCAAAAAUCUCCAAAAUAUUUGAGGACCUUUAUCCUCAGUCCCAAGACAAAGUGGCUGCCAUAGUCCUUGGUGCUGUAGCCUCGAUUGCUUUUGUGGUGGCAGUAGUGGUGUUAAAAGUGAGAAAGAGGAAGAAUAUUCUUGUAAGAUGUAUAGGCUAGAAGGAAAUUCAUAGUGAAGGACAGUGUGAGACUACUGAAGAAUACCAGACAGAGUAACAACCUGAGAUUCUGACUGAUAGUCUCUUGGCAUAGUGUUUCUAUCCCUAUGUUCCUAUUAAAACUCCACUAUAAACAUAAAAACAUAUAUAGUGUACAGUAUACAGUUUGAAGUUUUAAAGUUUUAAACUUUUAUAGUGUAACACAAACACUUAUAAUGACCAUAUAAAAUAUUUAGCUCCCAAACCUAAUUCCAGCAUUAAUAUAAUUGUACUGCUGUGUCUGCUAUAAACUUCCAUUCAAGUAGAAAUCUAAGUAGUUUCAAGUGCAUUCUGCUGUUUACCUCCCCAAUACACGUCACUACAUAUAACACAAGCAGCAAUGCAGUCAGACCAAUGACUGUAUAUACACUGUAUACAGUUACUGCCACAGUCACACAGAGAUGAAAAUCAAUUAUGUCUUAACAUGUAUUUCUCGAACUGGCUCAGUAACUAAGGUUUAAAAUGUCAUCUUUAAAGAGUAGAAUAUUGGCCAUUCUCUACGAAUAAACAAUUUGGGAAAUCAAACUAUUAUAAUUUGCUAAAUCCCACAAAGGCCUAUAUGGAUAUUAACAUAAUGCUUUUGUCCUUUUGGAUUUCUGGCUUUGUUUUUAAAUAGAAUAGAAUAGAAUAGAAUAGGAACCUAAUGUCACAAAACACAAGUGCUAGGGUUACACAAGACCUAGACAGACCUUCCAAAUGAAUUUACUUUGCUAUAAACAGGAUGUGGUCUUAUGGGUUUUGUUUUUUUUUUUGUUCAGAAAUGAAACUAAAAAAGAUUUUAAAAAACAAUGUCAAGACUAAGGUAACUAAGACCCUCCCAUGAUGUAAGAACAUGUGUGUAUGAUAACAGUAUACUAGUUCAGUCUCCUACAGCAGACAUGUACACCUGAAGGAUUCUGCAAGCAGCCUUAACCGUAUACUUGUGCAUGUAUUAUGACACUGGGGGCAUUGCUUUAGAGCUGACUGUUUGGUUGUCCAGAAUGUGAUAUACUGUAAGUCAUACUUUCCUGACAUGCUGUAAACAGUGACCCUGGCUAAAGAACUUAAAAAAAUACAGAGUAAUCAAGUAAAAAAAAAAAAAUGUGUGCUUAAAGUCUCCGAUGAUGGGUGAAACUAAUGAUCCCAUAGAGCAUUGCAUAUUAUCACAUGAAUCCAAUUUAAUCCAUUGUGCUUCCACAAAACAUGUGUUUUUUUUCUCCUCCAAAGUCAAAGAAGUUCACUAUUAUAAUAUAUAAUAAUAACUAUAUAAUUACCUCUCGAGCAAGUUUUUAGGCUUUGAAUUUGGUUUGAACAGAACUCUUGUGUCUUCUGUAAGAAUGUAUUGAAAUGACUUACCUCCUUUUUUUUUUUUAACAUGUACCCACACACUGCUUGGAAUCAAACUGGAAAACUUUGGAACUGUUUUUUAUUAUUAUUAUUAUUAUUAUUAUUAUUAUUAUUGUAGGGAAGUAAUAUAUUCAUAAAUUCAUUAAAUGUAUGAGUUCCUCCCUAUUUUUCUGUCUUUAAGGCAGAAUUGUCUUUGUAUGUCCUCUCUUUAAAGAAAAUGGUGCAUGAGAAUGAGCCAAGAGACUCUUGAUGUAUUUUUGAUUACUUUUUUGAAGACCCCUCACUAUACAUUUUUCUGUUAUUUUAUCCUUCUUUUCAGUUGCUCUUUAUAUUGCUUUGUGACACUGAUCAUAGUCAAUUUAUACUUGUACUUUUCUAAUUUGUAAUUGUAAUUUAUGCUCAAUAACAAUUAAAAGAAAAACACAAACAAAAAACACAGAUACAUUAUUUUAACCUUAGCAUCGGGCUACUGGAUGUUCACCACAGUAACAUCGAUAUAUAAUAAAAAAAAAU